AUGGCACCACCUUCGCCGCGCCGGUCAUCGAGAGCCCGCGCCACCAAUUCUCAAUCCCAACAGUCGUCAGUAUCCUCGAACACUUCGGGCCGAGUCGAGCGGAACACAAGAUCUGUUGCCAAACCUUCUUCCAACAAGUCGACACCCAGCGGCUCAUUAUCCUCGGAGCCAUUUGAAGAUCUCGACGACACCCUUCUCGGCCGAAGGCGAAAGCGCAAUCAAGAAGACGAAAACGAUAAGAAUUCCAAGUCUGACAAUUUCGACAUGGCGAAUGGAAGCGACGAUCUUCAAGAAGAGGAGGAUGAGGCUGUCCGCUGUAUCUGUGAUGCUGAAGAAUACCCAGGUCGCCCGCCUGUCGAGGGUGCUGAUUUGGACUUUUUCAAUGCCAUUGAAUUUACCGAAGACGUUACCGGCUUCUUCGUUCAAUGCGACAUUUGUAAAGUCUGGCAGCAUGGCGCCUGUGUAGGCAUUUUCAGCGCCGAGAGCUCUCCUGAUGAAUAUUUUUGCGAGCAAUGUCGCAAAGAACUCCACAAGAUAUACACGGCAAGCAAUGGCCAAAAAUGGUCCAAAUAUGUUCCUCACAAUCGCCCUUCGCGCGCGACCUCCCGAGCCACUUCGAUUGCUAAGGAAGGCAACCGCUCGCCCAAGACUGGGACGAGCAGGAACUCGCGCCCUACCUCCGCCUCACAAAACUCCAAGCGUCGAUCCACCAUGAACAGCCGUGACCGGGCAUAUGAAGACGAGCAACUUUUGAGAGCGAUCGAAGCUAGUAAGGAGGAUGUGCCUCAAGAUGGGUCAGAAAUCUUGACCCGACGAGCGAAACGAGGACGUAGCGACAGUGAGGAGUCAGUAGCCGUCAAUUCUCGGCCACGAGACGAGAAGUUGGCGUCACUGAGAAACCCAGUCAGCGUCAAACGGCAAAGAACCAGCUCUAGGUCACCUUCACCUCCAAUUGAACCAGCCGAAGUACAAGCUCACAACGAGUCGGACGACGAGAUCAAUACUCGUAACGGAGUGAAGAAGGCUCGCAACAACAAAACUCAGCGAGCUAAAACCGAGAAGGAAGAUAAAGAGCGCCAGAGACAAGAGGCCGCGGAUAAACGCAAAGGCCGCGCAGAGAGGCGACGAGGAGAGGAUUCGGACCCCUCCGAGGAGACACCCCCCGCCGCUGCGAAACCCCCUGCUACGAAGAGCAUCGAGACGCCUGUCAUUAUGGAGACUCCGGCGCCAGUCCAGCCUGCCCCAGACACACCUCCUGCAAGUCAUCAGCCCAUUUCAAGUACGCAGAAGCGGGGCGGAAGAACUGCUCACAAGAAGGGCAAAGGGAGGAAUCAGUACACUAGAGACCGAGAUGGGGAAGGCGAGUCACCAGCGCGGUCGAUGUCGCGAGAUAUACAAAAGAAUGGCGACGAACCAACACCGACCCAUCCGAAACCAACGAGCGAACCGCGGCCUGGCAAGUCGAAGCCAGCUAUCCACCAUAAGCUAAAUAUGGUGGACAUGAAGCGACGUGUUGGUGCCAUCAUGGACUUCAUCUCAAGGACUCAAGUAGACCUUGCAGCUGAGACUUUCCCGGUGACAAACGGGAACACGAACAAUGAAAAGGCGUCACUUCAGAAGCCUCUGAAUCCUGAAACUGUUGGCGGCGAAGUUGCUCAGAAUUCUCCUGGGGGCAAAGAGUUCAAGGAUUUGAACUGCAUGGAAAUGAUGGAUGUUUUGACACGAGACAUGGUCAAAUGGCAGAAUCAGUACACCUGA